UUUUAUUCAGUGGGGGGAAGGGGUUUGGGGGGGCGGGGCAGGGAAAGGGAGGGGCUCUACGCAGAAAAAUCUCUUGCCGGAAACAUGACUUCUGUGGGUUUUAUGAAUGAGGAAUAGUCCCCAUAUAAACGAAGGCCAGCAAGGUGAGGGACAGUAUCAGCAGGGCUUGCUCUUGCAAAACAGAGCCCCAAGUCAGAGCCUAGGAGGAGCGCCCAAAGCCUUGCCAUGCCUACCUCGAUGCUGCUCUUUUGCUUACUUUUCCUGACUGACCUCAACUCAGGUUCCACCACAGAGGACAACUGCAGCGGCUUCUCCAUCAGGCUGCCCGACAUGCUCCGAGAUCUUCGAACCGACUUCAGUAAAGUGAAGAUUUACUUUCAAAAAAAAGACACAUUGGAAACCAGACUGAUAGACAGAUCUUUGCUGGAAGACUUAAAGAGUUACCUGGGCUGCCAGGCCAUGUCCGAGAUGAUCAAGUUUUACCUGGAGAAAGUGAUGCCUCAGGCAGAGAAUGAGAAGGGCGUUGAAAAGAACGUGGGCUUCUUGAGAGAUAAAUUAAAAAGACUGAGACUGCAGGUCAAACGCUGUCACAGAUUCCUGCCCUGUGAGGAGGAGAGCAAGGCGGUUAGUCGAGUCAAGAGCACCUAUGAGAAGGUGAGUCCUGCUGAGUGGGUGGUGUCGGAGGUGAAGGGGGCAUGA